CUGUGAAAGACAUUAGAAUAUACUUUAGAAUAUUCUUCUAUCCUUAGAAUAUACUUUAGAAUAUUUUAGGAAUAUACUCUAGGAUAUUAUUAUUGUAUAGAAUCUUAUAGGAAUAUUCUAUCUUUGUAAUGUAUAUUUAUAGGGACUUAACCCUCCAAUGAAAUACACAGAAAAUCUUUCCUCCUCUCUUCAAUAUUAUAUUUUGUAGUUUAUAUUUCAACAUGGUAUCAGAGACUUCCAUUCCAGUUUAGAUUUCAGUUUAGUUUGUUAUUUUAGUUUAGUUUUCAGACUGUGUUCUUUCUCCUAGAAAUUGAUUCCAGUCCAGACUCUUCAGACCUUUUCCCAGAACCUCUUCUGAGACUCUUCUCAGAAAUUUUCCCAGAACCUCCAAUCUCAGAAGCCGGCAACCCUCCUCACCUCCUUCCAAAUCUGGUGGGUGAACGUGGGCCUAGCAAUCUGGUGCGAAAGACGUCUGCGACAAAGCCUUCAAAAUCCGCAGCUCCGAAUCGACGCACGUGAAUUACACGCGCCUCCAGAGUGCUCGCCGCCGUUUCACGCGCCGGCACGUGAGACUUCGUUUCUGGCCUGAGAUUUGAUCGGUAAUCAUAUCUUGACUUGCCUGAGGGUCCUCUACAACCUGUGCCCGGUAUUUUCAGGUAUACUCUAUUUCCAUUUUGGAAUUCUUUCUUGGUUCUUUCUCCAGAAAGGAACGGAUGAGCCUAAAGGUGCGGUGCUGGUAUCUGGUGUCUGAUAUUUACGACUUCUUGGUUGUUAAAGGUUCAGAACUAUUCUAGCUUAUAUUCCAGCCUGGAGUCCGUAAGUUGUGACUAUUACCCCAGUAUCCCAAACUUUCAUUUCAACUAGAAAAAAAAAUCAAAAAAAAAAUCAAAAAAAAAAAUGUUUUGUACCACUCAGUUUGGCAGAGAAAUAAGAUGCAAUUACUGCAAGAAGCCUGGACACUUGCUCAAAGAAUGUAGAAAGUUGCUGUUCAAAAAUCAAGGAAAUCAGCUUGCUCAUGUUGCUUCCGCUACGAGUUCAUUUGAUGGAUCAAUUGCUAUUUCUUCAGACGAGUAUGCUAAAUUUAUUUGCUACCAAGAAUCUCUAAAGCAUUCAUCUACCCCUAUCUCGGUAGUCGCAAAUUCAGGUAUUUCAAACACAUGUCUUGUUUCAUCAUCCUCAAAAUGGGUCAUUGACUCAGGUGCCACAGAUCAUAUGACUGGUAAUCCUAAUCUAUUCUCAUCAUUUCACUCACAUUUACCUGCUUCCAGUGUCACUUUAGCAGACGGGUCUACCUCACCCGUUCUUGGAUCUGGUACUGUUGUACCAACUUCUACAUUACCAUUAUCGUCUGUUUUGAGUCUUCCUAAUUUUGCAUUUAAUCUGCUUUCCAUCAGUAAAAUCACACGUACUCUUAAUUGUUCUGUAACAUUUUUUCCGGGAUAUUGUGUGUUUCAGGAUCUGUUAACGAAGCAUACUAUUGGUCAAGGACAUGAGUCGGGUGGUCUUUAUAUUUUGGAUACAUCAAUUACAAAAGGUAUCUCUUGUCUUGGGGUUGGAAAUCUAUUAGAAGCUCAUUACCGAUUAGGACAUCCAUCUCUCUCACUAAUGAAGCAAUUAUAUCCUCAGUUUAAUAAGGUGUCUUCUAUACAAUGUGAGUCAUGUGAGUUUGCUAAACAUCAUCGCACUAGUUUAAGUCCCCGACUUAAUAAACGAGCAAAUGCUCCGUUUGAUCUUGUCCAUACUGAUGUUUGGGGGGCAUGUCCAGUUGUGUCCAAACCUGGUUUCAAAUAUUUUGUCACUUUUGUUGACGAUUAUUCUCGUAUGACAUGGGUGUAUUUUAUGAAGCGCCGAUCCGAGUUAUUUACUCAUUUCUCUGCAUUUUGUGCUGAAAUUAAAACUCAAUUUAAUGUUCCUGUUCGUGUGUUAAGGGGAGACAAUGCCCAAGAAUAUUUAUCUGCUCCAUUUAAAUCUUUUAUGCUUCAACAUGGCAUUAUUCAUCAAACUUCAUGCGUAGACACACCUCCUCAAAAUGGAGUUGCUGAAAGAAAGAAUCGACAUCUGUUAGAAACUGCAAGGGCUCUUCUAUUCCAAAUGAAUGUGCCUAAACAGUUUUGGGCUGACGCUGUGUCUACUUCAUGUUUUUUGAUCAAUCGUAUGCCAUCUUCUGUUUUGGAUGGGAAAACUCCUUAUCAAUGUCUUUUUCCAAAUAAAGAACUUUUUCCUAUUCCACCUAAAAUAUUUGGUUGCACUUGUUUUGUUAGAGAUGUUAACCCUCAUCGGACGAAAUUGGACCCCAAGUCAUUGAAAUGUAUUUUCUUGGGUUAUUCUCGAGUUCAAAAGGGGUAUAGAUGUUUUUGUCCAAGUACAGGUCGAUAUCUUAUUUCUAUUGAUGUCUCAUUUCAUGAAAAUAUACCAUUUUCAUCAUCCAAGACAGAUAUUCAUGAGGACAACGAUGAAAUACUCAUUUACACAGUUACUAUACCUGAGACCACACCUUCAGUAACUAUGUCGAAUGUCACUGUUCCUGACCCUAGACCUCCUGUACACUUGGUUUACACCCGUCGACACAAAGCACAAGAUCACUCCCCACCUGUGACACCUGUGAUUACAUAUCCUGAUACUGGUCCGACUUCGAUCUCAUGUCCUGAACCAGUACCUGCAUCUUCAGAUCUUGUCUCUACAUCUGAUCUUGACCUCCCGAUAGCACUACGUAAAGGUACACGGUCUUGUACUCAUCCUAUUUCCUCAUUUGUGUCAUACAGUCAGUUAUCUCCUGCCUCAUGUUCUUUUGUUGCUUCCAUUGAUUCUAUUUCUGUUCCCAAAUCUGUUAAAGAAGCUUUGUCUCAUCCUGAAUGGCGUCAUGCCAUGGUAGAGGAAAUGAAUGCUUUGGAUCUUAAUGGUACUUGGGAUUUGGUAUACUUGCCUUCAGGGAAGAAGUCUAUUGGAUGUAAGUGGGUCUUUGCUGUUAAGGUUAAUCCAGAUGGAUCUGUUGCUCGAUUGAAAGCUCGAUUGGUUGCAAAGGGUUAUGCUCAAACCUAUGGUGUUGAUUAUUCUGACACUUUUUCUCCUGUUGCUAAAUUAACAUCUGUCAGGAGGAAGUUUAUAUGGAGCAACCUCCGGGAUUUGUUGCUCAGGGGGAGUAUGGGAAAGUUUGUCGACUUCGCAAAACUCUUUAUGGUCUGAAACAGAGUCCUCGUGCAUGGUUUGGGAAAUUCAGUCAAUCCAUUGAACGGUUUGGAAUGAUAAAAGGUCAAUCAGAUCACUCUGUCUUUUACAGAAAAACGAAAGCAGGUAUCACAUUGCUUGUGGUGUAUGUCGAUGAUAUUGUGAUUACAGGAAGUGAUACCGCAGGUAUUUUGGCCCUUAAGAAUUUUCUUCAUAGCCAAUUCCAAACAAAAGACCUAGGCUCAUUGAAAUACUUUCUGGGUAUUGAGGUAACACGGAGUAAGAAAGGCAUAUUUCUAUCUCAGCGUAAAUAUGUACUUGAUUUACUAACUGAAACAGGGAAAUUGGGAGCAAAGCCAAACACAACUCCCAUGGUUCCCAAUGCGCAACUCACUUCAGAAGGCAUACCAUUCGAAGACCCAGAAAGGUACAGAAGAUUGGUUGGAAAGCUUAACUAUCUCGCAGUCACUCGUCCAGACAUUGCUUACUCUGUGAGCGUAGUGAGUCAAUAUAUGUCAUCUCCGACAGUUGAUCAUUGGAAUGCAGUAGAGCAUAUAUUAUGUUACUUGAAGGGGACACCAGGACAAGGUAUUGUUUACCAAAAUCAUGAUCACAUGAGAAUAGAAUGCUUUGCAGAUGCUGAUUGGGCUGGAUCUAAAGAUGAUAGGAGAUCCACAUCUGGCUAUUGCGUCUUUGUUGGUGGUAAUCUCGUCUCUUGGAAAAGUAAGAAGCAAAAUGUGGUUUCUCGUUCGAGUGCUGAAUCAGAAUAUCGGGCUAUGGCACAAUCGGCAUGUGAGAUAAUCUGGAUAAACCAUUUGCUGAGUGAAAUCGGAUUGAAGACACCAAUGCCUGCUGAACUCUGGUGUGAUAACCAAGCUGCUAUACACAUUGCCAACAACCCAGUGUUUCAUGAGAGAACAAAACAUAUUGAGGUCGAUUGUCACUUUGUUCGAGAAAAGAUACAACAAGGAUUGAUCUCUACAGGAUAUGUGAAGACUGGAGAGCAACUUGGAGAUUUGUUCACUAAAGCAUUAAAUGGAAUUCGUGUUGGUUAUUUAUGUAACAAGUUGGGCAUGAUAAAUAUCUAUGCUCCAACUUGAGGGGGAGUGUGAAAGACAUUAGAAUAUACUUUAGAAUAUUCUUCUAUCCUUAGAAUAUACUUUAGAAUAUUUUAGGAAUAUACUCUAGGAUAUUAUUAUUGUAUAGAAUCUGUUGGGUUAAGGGCCCAAGCCGAGGUCCGGCCCACUAACCCAUCUUGCCAGACGAACGUCCAGUUAGGACACUAGGCCAGCCCACAGGCCCAUGUUCCCUGAGGAUGGACGAACGUCUGGUGUUGGAGGACUCAGGCCCAGCAGCUCAUCCCGACGAACGUCUAUGCAGGGACAAGGAGCAGAACCACGGGCCACCAGGGAUGGCGACGAACGUCCACAGAGCAAGCCUGCGGUCAUCGGGGGAAACCCAGUCCACAUGGUGAGUAUCCAUCAAGGCCAGGAGACGAACAGCCGAUAUCUCCCAAGGGUCCCUUGGAGCAAUCCGACUCACUUCCCGGUGGACGAACGUCCCCACUAAUCCGGCGGGAAACCUAGAUUCUGGCGGGAAGUGCAUUUAAUGCUAAAGAUUUGGUAGUUGGGACACCAGCGGUCCACAGGCUGCCACGUCACUACAGCCACCUGCCCAUUGGCGGGUAUAAAUAGAAGCAUUUAUUCCAUUGUAAAGGGUUGGCAACUUUCUAUUCUUAGCAUACUAGCUUCAGCAUUCUUACUCGCAGCAUUUCUAACUGCCUUGUAAGACGAACGGCCGACGUGCCUUUGUUAGCAAGUAGAUUGUACUUAGGGGAGUUAUUACGAAGUUAAUAAUACCUAUUUACAUUGCCUGCUAUUACUCUUGUUUCCUGAUUCAUCUAAUAGUUGUUGGGCUAGAUAACCAUACACUCACUCCAUUCGAAACCUUUGGGCUUACGUGUUGGGUCUACGGGUUGAAGGAAUAAACCUCAACACUGGCGCCGUCUGUGGGAAACUGAGCGAAAAGUUUCCAGAAACUCUCCCAAACAGCUACUAAG